AUGAACUUCAGCAUGAAUGCCCAUUGCAGCAAAGAAAACGUUCCACCUUCAAGCAAAACAGAUGCACCGCAUGUCCAGUGGGCCAAGCAGCGCACGGUGCUUGGUGUGCUGUCAGAGAAUGAGCAGCGUGGUCGAUCCCUCAGCCAGGGAAGCCAAUUUUCCAGACACAGUUCGAUCUCAAACAGCUCCCAGCUUGCCUUCUUUGGCUGCGCCUCCAGCUCCAGCUAUGAGGUGUACGUUGAAGAGGCUUGUGAAGUUGUUCUCGCUGCUUCUGGCCAAGAAGUGGUCUCAGACAGCUGUUUCCUGGAUGCUGAAACUGCCGCCCUUCAAAAUGAAGACUUGAGGCUCCUGCUGGAACUGAGUUCAGGUUCAUGCCAGGAUGUUUCCAUGCAGUCUAAAGCAGAUGAAUCCCUGAUGUCAGCAGAGUUGCUGCUCAUUUCUGAGUACGCGGAGGACAUUCAUCAGCACUUGAGGGAGAGUGAAGUGAGGUUCAGGCCAAGGCUAGGCUACUUGGAGAAACAUCCAGAGAUCACUAAUGGCAUGCGGGCCAUCCUGGUGGACUGGCUGGUGAAAGUGGUGCAGGAAUACAGGCUUCGUUCUGAAACCCUGCACCUCGCUGUCAACUACCUGGACCGCUUUCUCUCCUGCACAGCACAUGUGAAGCUGGGCAAGCUGCAGCUGGUUGGCACAGCUGCUUUACUGAUUGCUGCGAAAUACGAGGAGAUCCUCCCUCCCAACCUGAAUGAGUUUGUGUACACCACAGACAGCACCUACACGAAGAAGCAGCUGAUCCGCAUGGAGCACGUUUUCCUCAGAGUGCUGGCUUUCAAGAUGGCAGCUCCCACCACAAACCAGUUCAUUCACCUUUUCAUGUCCAUUUACUGUGUCUGUGCCACCACAGCGAACCUUGCCCUGUAUGUAGCAGAGUUAAGCAUGCUGGAAACUGAGCCAUUCCUACAGUACACCCCAUCUAUAGUGGCAGCAGGAGCCUACUGCCUAGCCACCUAUACUGUAAACAAAGCUCUCUGGCCUGAUUCCUUACAUGCCUUUACCGGUUAUACCAUGGCUGAUAUUUUGCCCUGCCUCGCUGACCUCCACAAGCUAUAUAUCAGUGCAGAGACUCACCCACAACAGGCCAUCAGGGAAAAGUAUAAGAGCUCAAAGUAUUGUCGUGUUUCAUUGAUCACUCCACCUGCUGUUCUGCCUUUCCUAUGA